AUGGAGGAAUCGUCGCUGCAGGAGCGCCUGCAGCAACACGCAAAGGCCUUUGAUGGCCUGCUGUCUUUGAUCCCGGCCAAGAUGUACUACGGGGAGGAUGCCACUGACCAAUGGCAACGCAAGAAGCAAACGAAAGAGGAGGCCAAGGAGGCCCGUCGCAACAAGCUGGAUCCCAACAGCGAGCUCAACCGCAGCGUCAAGGAAGUUAUGGACGAGGAGGCCCGGAAGAAGCGCAAGCGCGAGCAGAUGCCAGACGGUGCCGAAGAAGACGACUGGUCCGAUGUCGAGGGCGUUGAGGCCGAGAAGCCCCGCCAAGGCAUGAAGCAGAAGAUGACCAAGAAGCAAAAGAAGGCGGCUCAGGAAGAGGAAGAGCUUGCCGAGCAAGAAAGGCGGAAGGAGGAGAAGAAGCAGGGCAAGAAGGACCGCAAGGCCGAGCGCGCGGCCCUCAGAGAAGAAGAGGCCGAGUUCAACCGGAGAACAAUCAAGGGCGUCAACAAGAUCAAGCUGGGCACGCGUGAGCCUCGCACCGCUGCAGCGGACAACGCGGAGUCGACUGCCGCUCCUAGCCGGUCUAUCGAGCAGGAUGAGCCCGCAGAGGAGGAUGCGGACGACAUGGAGGAGAUUGACGUCGCGGGCAUUGAAGCGGACGAGCAGGACGAAGUCACAUCCCAGUCGACCCCUAGAUCGCCUGUAUUUGAUGGCACUGAGGGCCCCACGGAUUCUACAGGGCAGGCCGCGAGCACAUCGACAUCCAUCUCGAGCACAGUAGGCCCGUCGGAGAAGCCUAAGCACAUCAAGAUUCCCGAGGACACCACCGAGCUGCGCGCCCGCCUGGCGGCCAAGAUCCAGGCGCUCCGCGAGGCCCGCAAUGCCGACCGCAACGGCAAGCCCAUCCGGACCCGCCAAGAACUGAUCGAGGCCCGGCGGUCGAAGCAGGAAGAGCGCAAGGCCCACAAGAAGGAGCUGCGACGGAAAGCCAAGGAUGAAGCCGACCGCGUCCGCGAAGAGGCUUUGGCCUCAGCACGCAACUCUCCUGGUGGAAUCCUCAGCCCUUCUGUUGACCUGGAGGAAAACAACUUUUCCUUUGGACGUAUUGCCUUCGGCGAUGGUGCCCAGCUUUCUCACGACCUCUCGCAUGUCCUUAGCAGUGGCAAGAAAAAGGGUCCGCAGGACGCCAAGACAGCCCUGCUCAAGCUUGAAAACCAGAAGAAGCGUGUCCAGGCCAUGAACGAGGAAAAGCGCAAGGACGUCGAGGACAAGGAGCUAUGGCUGACUGCCAAGCGCCGCGCCGAGGGCGAGAAGGUCCGUGACGACGAGAAGAUGCUCAAGAAGGCCAUCAAGCGGAAGGACCACGCCAAGAAGAAGAGCGAGAAGGAGUGGAAGGAUCGCAAGGACGGCGUUGCCAAGAGCAUCCACGACCGCCAGAAGAAGCGCGAGGACAACCUCCGCAAGCGCCGCGAGGAGAAGAUGGCGCACAAGGCCGGCGGCAAGAAGAAGAGCCGGACAGGACCCAAAAAGCCGAGCAAAGGUCGCGCCGGCUUUGAGGGGUCUUUCAAGGUUGGCGGCAAGAAGAAGUAG